AUGGAGUCUUUUGAAGGACCUAGUCAGGUUAACAAGGCUAACUUACUACGAGUCCCCACGGGAAAUGAUUGCAUUUCAGACGACGAAGAUGUUAAUAUUGACAUUAAACUUCGUUUCUCCCCAUGUCCCCGAAGACGGAAUUCUUCAGCUUCAGAGGAAGAGGAGGCAGAGACUCCCACCAACAUCUCAAGAAAAGUUUCAUUUGCUGAUGCAUUUGGGUUUGAUCUUGUGUCUGUUAAAGAGUUUGAUAUCUGGGAAUUUCCUAAUACAGGACAAGAAGAUUAUAUAGAAGAUGAAGUUUUCCCUCAGGAUGAAUAUUUUUUCUCCCAGCAGUUUACAUUACCUGCUUCACAAGAAGAACUUUUACAAAAAGUGAGAAAGCAGAAAGUAGUAUUGGAAUCAGUCCUGCUCCUGCCUGGGAUUACCUGUAUGAACGGCAUUAUACGAGUCCUCAAUGUAUCCUUUGAAAAACAGGUGUAUGUUCGCAUGACAUUGAAUAACUGGCUCAGUUACUAUGACAUCCUUGCAGAGUUCAUGCCUAAUUCUUGUGGUAGUGAAACAGAUCAGUUUUGCUUUAAGAUUUCCUUGGUGCCUCCUUUCCAGAAAGAUGGAAUUAAGGUGGAAUUCUGUAUACGCUACGAGACAUCAGUUGGUACUUUCUGGGCAAACAAUGAUGACAAAAAUUACACACUGAUUUGUCACAAGAAAGAAACUGUGCCCAAGGUGGAUAAUAAAGCCCAGAAAGAGGUUACAGAUAGGAGUCUUAAAGGCUGCUUAAAGACAACACAAAGCAGAAAAGAAGAAAUAUUGGCAACGUCUGAUGAUGGCACAUGGAAUAACUCAAGGACUUCAGACACAAACGUCCCAGAAAUUGUUUAUUCACAAGCAGAAGACAAAGACACGAAACUAGCUAAAGAAAAUAUAAAAGACAAAAAUGCAGAAUACAACCAGGGUGAUCACAAAGAUGAUGAAAAAGAAUUAGAGUUGCUGUUAAAUCAGCACUUCACAGGAGCUAGAGGUACCUCUUCCAGAGAUGAAAGGAAUUUAUAUACAACAGAACCAAUUAAUUUUCCAAGUGAAACUGAAAGAUUGGUGGAAAAGCUAACCUGUAUAGAAAGAAGCAGUGACUUGCACCCUGUGCCUAUCGGUUCCUCAUCUGAAAACACUUCACAUGUGAUAGGAGAAGAAUUAAAAGAUAAAGCUAAGUAUUGUGUAAGAGAUUAUAAUAAUCAGCUACCAGGGAAGGAAGUCACUGCUGGCUCAGUAAACAGCUAUGAGCAGUCUUUGGAACAUACUGGUACCAGUGAAAGCCUUUUAUCGGCAAAACAUUUUCCUCUGACAAAGCAGAAUGAGGCUAUCAAUAUUAUGGCUACUGGCUCAAGCUGGCAAGGAGAGAGGCACACAGAUAUUUCAGAAGGUGAAAUAGACAGUUCCUCGGGAAGUAAGAUGAUGGAGAGGCUAUUCUUCAGUGAGGAUGCUGUUGGUACCUCAAAAGAGGCCUGUGAAACAAGACCAGAAGCCAUUUUACCAGAGCAUGAUGAAUCCAUGCAAUUAAAUGCAUGCAUAGCAAGGACACUGGAUGGCAAUGCUAAUCCAGCUCUGGAGCACCAGGUACCACAGAUGUCUCCCCAAACUUUGGAUUCAUUGUCAUCAGAUGCUGACAAAAAUGAAGGAAAAAUCAAGAUGAUUGAAAGCAAAGUUCAGGUACACUUAAGAGGAGAUUUGUAUGCCAGCACUUUUGCACAUGCUGGUGUCUCAACAGAGUCUACGCAAAAAAAUGGAGUUGGUGAAAUGUCACAAAGGAACACUGAUUUAGAGAAGCAGAAGGAAGUCAUUGAAGUAGCAGACUUGGCAUCAAUUGGUGAGGAGGAAGCUUCCAAGCCUUUCAAGGCACACAGGAAACACAAUGCCAAAGCCCUGAACCCAACGCCUCUGCCAGCUGAGAACAAGCAGGCACUCAGGGCCACCAGGGUGGAUGAAAGGCAACCUGAGGACACCCAGGAACACAGAGGAUUCAGGAGGUUAAAAGACAGAGAGACAGACGACACGAAUAAAGGGAGACCAAUCGAAAGGGAAAGUGAAGCAAACUUUGCAGAGCAGAGGUGGCAAGAAACGGGGAGUGAGGUUCGGUGGAGAGUGAGGGGGAGCAUGGAACCUCAGACCGUGACUUCCACAAAGGAGUUGUUUACCUGCCAGAAGGCAGAGAGGUGUGAAAAGUCUUCUGUCUCUGAGCAGGGUAUUACAGAGAAAGCAGAGGCAGGUACAGCUUAUAUAAUUAAAACCAUAUCAGAAAGUGCUCCAGAAAAAAUGCCUGGCAGUGAAAAAGCAGUAAUUGCUAAGCUACCUCGAGAGACUGCACUAAGUGACAGGCCCACAGAGGAAAAGGAAACAGCGUUUGAUACACAUGAAGGGAGAAAUGAUGGUUCACAUUAUGCUCUUUGUCAACUCAACACAGUGGGUGUAUUAUAUGACACUAAAUUUGAAAAGGAAUCAGUUUUAGGUAUUUAUAAUGCAUGCGUACAUGAAACACUGCAAGGAGAAACGAAGUCUGUCUGCAAUAGCAGGGAAAAAUGUGCCAAAGCACAAGCAGACAAUAUUCUACCUGUAGGAGAAGCAGUAAAGGCUUCUGCUACAGGAAAGAAAGAUUUGCAGGAGGGUUUAUGUUCAGAAAUACCUAAGGGUCCCCUGAGCACUCAGAAGCAUCUAUACCAUGAGAAAGCAGAAGAUCUCUACAGGGAAGAAAGCCAUAGUGAUACACUUUCCUGUUUAUGUUCUAAAGCUGAAACAAAAAUGCCACCUUCUGGUACAAAUACUGUGCCUAGUUAUCAUUAUAAAAGCUCUUCAGUGCCAUCUUCAGAAGGGCCCACUGUGGAAGAAGGCAUGGAGCACCUGUGUAGACACUUUGAAUCCAAAGUCAUUGACAAGGUUGCUGCUGAGUCAAGGUACAAUUUAAAUCUAACAAAUGAAAUAACAUGUCUUAACAAAUGCUUCUCUCCUGAAGUUGAAAAAGGCGAAGUACCUUCCGCUUCAGACUCAGCAAUUUCUGGAGAAGGAAGAGGAAGGAAUACAGGUCAAUUUUUCCAUCAAGCAGAGCUCCAACAAGAGAGGUCAUGGAGGCCAGAAGUUUUAAUUAGUAAGUCUACCAAAGAAAAUGGAGGAACAGACUCUCAAACUGACCAUUUAAUAACAGAGGGGAAAACACUAAACUGGCUUGAUGACUCACAGAAAGAAAUCCAACACGUUUCUGAUUCUGCUGAUAUUUCUAACCAGAAGAGUGAAGCACUUAAGUUACCUAGUGAGUCUCCAGGUUUAAAACAUAUUGCUUUCAAAAUAUUUUAUUUCUUCUUGUUUCUUCUAUUUGCUGCAACACUCUACCAUUACGAUUUGAUGGUCUGCCUUGCACUCUACCUGUUCUCCCUGUAUUGGCUAUACCACGAAGGAAGAAGAAACAAGAAGUCUAUUAAGAAGGAAUAACAUUGACUGUCAGCUGUGCUCAAGAUCCAAGGUCAAUAAUCUUCAAUUCCACCAAAGCAUUUUCACUGUUAAAGAGAUUAUUCUUUGUUAGAACCAAAGCAAGAUUUUCACAGCAGCAUCUUUUAUUAAGAGAUUACAUAUGAAGUUGAGCCUUCAUAUAAGUAAUUAAACUGUGCAGGACCAUUAUGUUUGGAUCAUUAAAUACCUAUAUGAGUAUGAGUUCUGAAGCACGUCAAGUUAAAAUGAAGUACAGCUGUUGCUUCUUAGCAGGAUAUGAAAAAGCAAUGCUUCAUGUCUCUGUAGUACUUAAACCCACCAUUUACUUGCUUUAAUUUCUCUUGCAUUAAAGCUUCAUAUUUUUCGGGGAAUUUUUUUCCCAAGAUUCUGUAUGGUACAUAACAAUAUGAGAAACAAUAUAAGACCUAAGUCAGUACUUUGAUGCUGACAUUGCAGUUGAUAAUCUGCUAGUGUAUUAGCCAAUGCUCUAAGUAAUGCAUCUGUUGAUAGCUUAAUACAUUUUUCCAAAUUUUUAUUUAAUUAUUUCAAAUUAGAGUUUCAGCGGUACCCCUGUUUGAAAAAUGUAAGGCUUUAACUUCAGUAACGUUAUAUAACUUCCAAGAUGUAACUGCGUAGCAGAAUAGAUGUGCUCUUUCCACCCUGUAAAGAUUGAAGGCCACAGCCACAGGCCUCUUACUGAUCACUCACAUGCACAAAAGUUUUUGGGUUUUGCAAAUAAGGACUGAGUAACAUAGCUGAGAAUUUCACUGAAAAUUCUGGGCAAAGCCUUUUAGUAACAUUUUUCAUCAUAAUUGCUUGAGCAUAUCUACAAAGCAUUAAAUAAA